AUGCCAACGACGCCCUCCGACAUGCCACCGAUGCAGAACCGUCAACACCGUCCCCCCGACCCUACAUUGUCGGGGCUCAUCAGCAUGCACAGGAGUCUAGCUGCUGUUCCUUGCUCAAUGUGCGGGAAGGACUGCCCCAAACAGUACAAUCGGGAUCGCCAUGAGCGUUUCCACUGCGAAAUGCGACCGGAAGACCUAUUUUACCGUUGCAAAUUGGGGUGCGAAAAGACAUUCCACCGCCCGGACUAUCUAAAGACCCACGUUAAAGAGGACCAUCCACAGGCUGUUGGUCUGAUCCCUGAGAUCUCAGACAUAGACUUCCGCUUCAAAAAGUUGCCGAAACCUUACAAAAUCGGACGCAUCGUCGAGACCGCACACUUUUCAGUUGAAGCGAGUGCUCGUACGGGCCAACAUACAGAUAGUAACUCUACCAUCAACGACUCGGCUGGAGUCUCCCCGCCAGAAAUUGACAGUACCGACUCUAUCACCCACUCUUCCUCGACGGAUCCGUUCAGUGGGUUUCCCACCAGUGAUAUCUCAACUGGGACCUCAGCAUGGAAUGACUACAACAAUCCGGCUGACAAUCUCCUCAUGGCCAACAUGAUGCCGGAGGGUGACGUUGGCAACACCCUCACCGGUAAUUUCACUUCCAACAACCCUACGACGGAGGGUACCAGCACCCCGCUUGUCAACCAUACGAUGCCUUGUUACCUUCAGGGAGCUGAGGCUUCGAGCGACACCGUCCUCAAUCCCUACUCAGCCAACCUUGAGAUAGAGGGGUUCAACUCUACUCAGGAAGACAACCCCUUCAACAACCCAGGAAGGGCGUUUCAGCAAGGAGUGAUGCUAUCAUAA